AUGGCACAGAAUAAAGUCAUUCCGUUGCCAUUCGGGAAAACAUGUAAGAAAUAUGAAAUGCUGGUCUGCAAGAAAUAUACCAAAAACCGCUGCUACAAACGAUGUGGAUAUAAGGGCUGCCAUGUUGAAUGUACUUGUAGCUGUCGGCAGAAACCUAGAAAAAUUGUUCGACCACAAAUAAUUCAGAGGAAAAAGCCAUUCAUGACAGCUCCGAAACACAUCACUGAGCAUAUCAAUAUAUUACCCAGCAAAAGAUCCAUUCCAAUGUGCGGGAAAAAAGCUUUCUUGAGAUGUGCUGCAAAGAAAAAAUCAUUGCGAUCUAACAACGAUUGCUCAAGUAGCUGUAUGAUCAAGAAAAUAUGUGAAGUAGGGUGCGUCUGUAGCUGUAUGGCCAAUAACUUCCUUGGCCAAGGCGUGGGGGUUGUCGGUAUAUCUGGUGGGUUGAACGGAAUCGGUGUAAACGGUGGGUUGAACGCAAUCGGCAUCAAUGGUGGGUUCAUGGAUGGCGGAUUGAAUGGAGGUGUCGGAGUAUUAGCCGCAGGGUUGGAUUCUGGAUUCGGCGCUGGACAUGGACACUUAGAUGCCUUAGGCGGACAAGCUGGCAAAGGUGGACUGAAGGAGGAAAAUAUAGAGGUCAAAAUAGACGUAAUGAGUGGCGGCAAUGGGGCCAGCGGUAUAGGCUCUGGGGUCGGUAUAUCAGGAAGUGGCUUAGGUGGCAGUCCUACUUUAGGUGUUGGAAUAGGAGGUGUGGAUGCAGGAUUCGGCAUGGGAAUGGAGCCCGGACUACCUGUAGGUAUACUUGGAAUAGAUCAAGGGUUCGGAGGUGGAAGUGAUUUGUCGGGAUUGGGAACUGAAGGGGCUGAUAUUGGAUUCGGUCAGGGAUUUGAUUCUGGUCUAGGUAUAGGGAUAGAUGCUGGUAAUCAGGGAUUGGGUGGUGUUGUCCAGGAUCUAGGACUUCAAGACUUAGGUGGAAUGAACGUGUUUGGUCUAGAUGGAUCUGCUGGGAUCGGUAUAGAUGGAGGAGAAGGAUUAGGAAAUGACCUCGGAGUGGGAGUAGGAGGACUUGGUCUUGAUUUUGGCUUCGGUGGUACAGGAAAUGCAGGUGUUGCCAUAGAUAACAGCCUUGGACUUGGAGGACAACUAGAUCCCAAUUUUGGUCUUGAUGGGUCCGGCCACGGUAAUAUAGGUGUUGGUGUAAACGAUUUUGGUGCCGGAACAAAAACGCUGAGUGGCGGAGUCGGUGUAUUAGACACCGGUCCAGGUGGAUUAGGAGGUCCUGACCUUGGUCUUGGAGCUGAUAAAGGUGUCGGAGGGCCAGGUAUAGGCAUUGCACAAGAUCCUGGUCACGGGACUGAUCUUGGAGGUCACGGAUCAGGUUCCUCUCACGGCCUCGAUCUAGGACUUGGACUUGAUCUUGGUCUUGGCUCUAAGGCCGGUGUAGGAGUUGAUUCUGGCUUCGGAUCUGGGCAUGGUUCAGGUCCCGGUAUAGGAGUUGACUCCGGCUUUGGGCAUGGCCAUGGUUCAGGUGCUGGAAUAGGAGUCGACUCCGGUUUUGGGACUGAUCAUGGUUCUGUUUCUGGUAUAGGAGUCGACUCCGGUUUUGGGGCAGGUCAUGGUUCAGGUCCUGGUGUAGGAGUCGACUCUGCUUUCGGACCUGAUCUUGGUCUUGGGACAAAUGUCGGUGUUGGAAUUGAUGCUCCACAUGGAAGUUCUGGCUCGAGUGGUACUUCCGGUGUGGCUAUAGGCCCAGAUAAAUUACAGGGAUCUGGAGGAGGAUUAGAUUUAAGCGGCAUCGCUCCGGAUCUAAAUCUCAAUUUUAAUGGACUCGGUUCUGAUGCCAGUUCCGUGAACCAAGGCGGCCCAGCUGACCCGUUAGUAUUUCAGGAUCCAACACUUCCUCCUGGUGGUUCCAAUAACAUUGCAGUCUCUGAUACGGGGAUGAAUAACUUUGGACUGUUUCCGGACAUCGGUUCGCCUGGUUUCGGUUUAGAUAUGAACCCUGGUAUAGACUUUGGAUCGUCACCUCAAAAUAAUGCUGUCAACUUUCCUUUGUAA